AUGUCUGAAACUUCUCGCGGGAACAACAUAUUCCUGUCGACGCCUUAUGUUUUUCACCGUCAGCUAUCCGACUUCUUAUGUUUGGAAACCAGACUAAACCUCCGAAAAUGUUCUAAAAGAUGUCAAUCACUCGUUGAUAACAUGCCACUGACUAUAGAGGAACUCGAUAUUUCUGUAGCUACCUGGGUGAAGGUACUUCUCAUUGAGGCGAAACUAGGAAUCAAAAAUAGAUAUAAAUACCCCGAAGAAAAUUCCAUUAACUCUCUUCGCAUGAAGAACUUGAAGAAACGUGCGGCGGCGGAAGCAGUGCGAGAUCUCAAAAUUAUUUUGUGCAAUCCAAAUUUACAGAUUGAAAAAUUGUAUAUGGAUUUUGGUAAAGGACAAUUGUUGUUUUUGCAACGUUUUGUAUCAAUGCUCACCUCUCUUCCACAUCAAAUUCGUGUCCAGCAAGUUAGUCUCGGAGCCAUCUUGUCACCAGCGGAUUGCGGUGCAUUAUUGUCGCGUUUGAAGACUAAAAAAUUACAGCUGUUAGGAGGAAUUCUUGAAGAUUCACUAAAUGAGCUGUUUGAAAUAGAGCAGAUCAAACAUGUGCCAGCUAUCACCAUUCGUCAGCGACUCAGCCGUUUUCCAUUCAAUUUAUUAUCAAACACCGAAGAAUUUGUGGUUUUCUUUGAAAAUUUAUCUCAAACGGAAUUUGAUCGAAGCAUUGAGCAUAGCUUACAAAGAGACAACUUCAAGAAGGGUCGCAUUUAUCUCAAAAAAAAUGAGCCUUGGAUAACAGAGUUUCUUUUGAAAAAUCAAGCUGUGAAAUCGGAAGAUGGAAAAAUGAUUGCAACACUCGAUGGACCCAAGUUCAAGAAUACUGUGGAAGUCGAGGACUUCUUGAUUGUAUUGAGGAGAACUAUUUAA